UUGGCCUGUUCGAUACUCGCCGCUAUUCUAUAAACUUUUUUUUCAUUAAUUUUAAUUUAUUUUUACCCUCAUCUUCUUCACUUUCCGAAGGCGAUUGUCGGAGGGGAAGAGAGAGAAAAUAUAGAGGAAGGGGAUGGAGCCGUCGGUGGAUGCAUGAAAGGAAUAGGAACCUUUCAAAUAAUCCAAAGAAAGACGAGGAUUUUUACCGGCUACGGAUUUGUUGAAAUUAAGAGCUUGGGCUUUUUCGAUCAUCGACUUCAGAAGUACAAGCAGGAAUUAAAGAGGAAAUCGAUUUGUGCUAGGCGACGAUGAUAAAUAAGCUGCUGGUACUGAGAUGGGUGUAGCGUCGACACCGCCGCCGCCGCCACUGCCCCAGCAGUUGCCAUCUAAUUUCUCUGGUAUUAUUUUAUCUGUGAGAGUGAUCCCUAUGUCCAAAGGAAGCUUCCAUGCUCCAAGGCAACAUCUUCAGCUUCUCAUCCUCCGAUGAUAAUGAUGAUGAUGAUGAGUUGGAAAGGGCGCAGCAGAACCGGCAUCAAAACAGGAGAUCAGAGAAGCUGAGGGUGCAAUCUGGCUUGGAGGUUGCUGUAGCGGCAUCUCACAGCCAUACUCUUGUGCCUAUAGAGGAGGAGGUGGAGGACGAGGAGGAAGAGGAAGAAGAGGAAGGCGGCAUCUACGGGGCUCCCUUGGCUACAAGAGGCACCAACAUGUUGUCGGAGAUGUUCAAUUAUGGGGGGCCGGCUGAUGUUCUUGCUACUGCUGCAGCUGCUCAUGCUCAUGAUACUAGUACUAAUCCUCCAGCUGGCUACCAUCGUAUGAUCCAGCAGAUCAGGCCCGACUUUUAUGGAAGCAACAACAGACCGCAGGGACUGGCCUUCAUGAGUAAUACCAGUGCUACGGCUAAUAUUAUUAAUACUAAUAAUUGGAUCUCUUCGUCAUCAGUACUAAUUGAUCAAGAUCAUGUUGCGGCGUUGGCGGCGGCUAAGCAACAUGGAUUGAACUCAGCUGCCACUGAUUCCUCCUCGCCUUCGUCCUCGACGGCUAUGCGGCUCUUCUUCAUGAACCCACCACCAUCAGCAGCGGCGAUGCAGCACCAUCAACGCCCUUCUAAUUCUCCUAAUCGUCAUGAUGAUCCUCAUCAGUCUCCGAUGGGCCCAGCCACGCUACUUCAUCAUCAUCAUCAUCAUGACCAAAGCCAAGUUUUCUUAGGAGGCAGCGAUGGCGCCUCGAUAUUUGGAGAAGGCGUAAGCUUCGGAGGGGGGAUGAGGGAAAGCCAAGUAGGGCCUUCCCUUUCGCUAUCUUCGUCUUUGCAGCAGUUGGAGAUGAGAAAAGCGGAGGAGCUGAGGGGUGUUAGAUCGCAAUCUGGAUCUGCAGCUGCCAGCCUCUUAUUCUACAACAGCCAACAGCAGCAAGAACAACAGUUGCAUACGACUAGUAUCCAUCAGCCACCGCAGCCGCCGUCAACUUGUUUGCAGUCGCAUGCUAGUCAUCAAAGCCAAGGUCAAUAUCAACAGUUGCAUAUGUCGUCGUCGUCGACCUACGGCUCCAUUAGUACAGCAAACGUGCUAAGGAAUUCCAAGUACGCAAGGGCAGCGCAGGAGCUGCUUGAGGAGUUUUGCAGCGUUAGUAGGGGCCACGUCAGAGGGAAUACAACUGGCAUGAGGAGUUCAUCCAUUAAUCCUAACCUUCUCAGCCACGGUGGUAGAGGUGUCUCCAGCUCCACCGCCGCAGCGUCAUCUUCGUCUUCGAAGGACAUACCAGCCUUGUCUCCGGCCGAUCGGUUUGAGAAUCAGAGAAAGAAAUCAAAACUCCUUUCCAUGCUUGACGAGGUGGAGAAGAGAUACAACCACUACUGCGAGCAGAUGCAAAUGGUGGUGAACUCAUUUGACUCGGUAAUGGGGUUCGGCGCUGCCAUGCCGUACACAGCACUUGCUCGGAAGGCAAUGUCAAGGCAUUUCAGAUGCCUCAAGGAUGCUAUCACCGUCCAGCUUAAGCAGGCCUGCGAGCUUCUCGGUGACAAUGAUGGGGGAAGCGGUUCUGGACUCACAAAAGGGGAGACACCCAAGCUAAGGCUUAUUGAUCAGAAUUUAAGGCAACAGAGGGCUUUUCAUCAGAUGGGAAUGAUGGAACAGGAGGCCUGGAGACCACAGCGAGGUUUGCCAGACAGAUCAGUCUCCAUACUCAGAUCUUGGCUUUUUGAGCACUUUCUUCACCCGUACCCUAGCGAUGCUGAUAAGCACUUGUUGGCAAGGAAGACAGGGCUAUCCAGAAACCAGGUCUCCAACUGGUUCAUAAAUGCCAGAGUCCGGUUGUGGAAACCUAUGGUAGAAGACAUGUACCAACAAGAAGCACAGGAGGAAGAUUCGCAGAUCAAUGAAGAAGAUCAGGAAACAAACGCCCCCCACCGAAUAUUAUUGGCCGCAGCGCCCACAACGCAGCAGCAGCAGAAGCAGCCUUCUCACAGUCCGGAAUCCGAUGCUCCUCCAGAAACUCACGUCUCUAUUACCUCCAGACCACAACUUGAGCAUUAUGGCCGCCUCCGCCACGAUGCUCCACAAACUCAUGAUCAACCUGCAGCUCCGCCGCCUCAUGAUCUUAUCGCUUCUAAUUCCCUCAUUUUUCCGCCGCCACCGCUCGACGAUGAAAUGUAUCGCAGAGCAGCCGCCACCGCCGCAGCAAGAACAGGGGACUUGUCGCUCACACUCGGUCUCCGCCACGCCGGAGGAAACGCACCUGACGCCGUCGGUCGCUUUGGUCUUUAAUUCGCCCUCUGUCUAUGUUUAGUUACUUUAUGUCUUCCGCCCUUUUUUUAUUUUAAAUAUAUAUUUUUUAAAUUAAACAGCUUUAUGUUUUUGUAUGUACGAGUUUUUUGAAAAAAAAAAAGAACUGGGGUUAAAGCAUGUAAUGAAGGGGAAGGACAAGGAGUGCGUUCA